AUGACGAACCAGUCGGUUCAACGAAAUCGGCUUCCAACGCUAGGAGAAAUAUUGGCAAAUAAGACGAAACCGCCAGUAAGCUUGCAUAACUUUUAUGACUAUAUGAAAGUAACGGAUCACAAUUCAGAUUACCUAGACUUCUGGUUUGAUUUGGUGAAUCACUUGAAUUUGUGUAAGCAUUAUAUUUGGGGGUUGAGAGAAAGCAUAGUCAGACAGUCAUAUAACGGGAAUCGUCAUUCUAUGCCUAUACUGGACAGGUCUAAGGCCAAAUCAGUUUCAUCUUCCAUUUUAUUAGACCUUAUAGUGAAUGAUAAUUUUUUGCAGGGCAACGACUCUAGGAGGUUAUCACAGUUCUUGCGAGGUGACUUGGAGGUAAACCCAAGGCUAUCCGAGUUAAUUAGUAUCUAUGAUGAACAAACGGUCGCCAACAACGCGGGUCAAACAGAGCAAACGGGGCACACAGGCUACGCAGGAUACACAGGUAAUGACUCUACUACUUCCAUACACAGUCCCGUAUAUAAUAAUACCAACGGUAAGAGAGUAUCGUCGAAUUCGAGGUUGUUAGAAGAUGAUUCGUACGUUUCGAACCAGUUAAACAUUACAGAUGCUGACAAGUCGCAAGUAUUUUCCCAGCCAAAAUACAUGCCGCUAGAACAACCACCACGUAAAAGAAUUUCGUCAGUGAACCCGAGCACGAUCGAAAAGCUCAUCAAUAACUCGCCAGGUAUGUCAGAAAGAAGUUCAUUUAUCACUAGAGAUAACUUGAAAGAAUCAUCCAAGAAUUUAUUGUUAAAAUACUUCGUCGAGGAUUCGGAGAAAGAUUUAAAUUUACCAGGUAGCCUUAAGAAUGAUAUUGUAAGAGCCAUAGAAGUGGAAGGUAGAGACGAUCCAGAUGCAUUUAGUAACGUGAAAAUUUACGUCUUCAAUCGAUUAGAGAACUACUACUUGCCAAACUUUUUGGAUCUAGUCGCGAUAAAGAACAUCAACCGUACUAGUAAUAACUUUCUUGUUUCAUACGGGAGAAUCAUCUUAGGAUUCUUCUUCUUAUUCAUUGGGUUCUGGAUGAGCUAUAUUUUUCUAUUCUUGAACUACAGUAAGGGCAAAAGGCUCUAUAUCAUCAUCCCCUUCAUAAUAUCUGCAUACUGCUUAAUAUCAUCGAUUUACUUCAUAGACCCAAUAUUGGUGUGGCUUGGCUAUAGUGAAUCAUUUACAAGCGAAAACUACUUGAUUAAGAUCAAAGAAAAAUUCAUUCAUAGACUAUUAAUCAAAAGGAGCUUGUGGGUAACAGCACUAAUUUUGUUGUUUACAGCUGUGUUUACAGUACUAUUUAGCUUAGUUCCCGGUCAUAGAUUGUAA